CACCGCCACUGUCACCCCCACCACCAUUACUAAAGACCGGAAAAAAAAAAAGAAAAAGAAAAAAAGAAAAACAAAGAAAAACGGAAGAGGCUGAAUGCUCAUCUAUCUAACAAAUAACCCCCUGAAAAAAUGGAAAAAGAGCCCCUCCUCCCUUGCUAUCUCAGCCCCAGAAAGAAACUCACAGCCACCUCUCCUUCUCUCCUCUCCCUCCCUGAAGACUCUGAAAUCACCCCCCCUCCUCUCACCCCUUCCGUCCUCAAAGACCGUCUGAUCUUCGGGCCUACCACCGACCCCACAACCCCCAUCACCGUCCCCUCCUCCCCAACCCUCGCCUUCCUCUCAUCAUCACCCUUCUCCCGCACCAAGACCAAUCUCCACCGUUCAAAGACCGCCCCCGCCAUGUCCACCCUCAACGACGUCAUCGACCCCGACCACCCUUCCGUCCCCAAACCCCAGCUGGCUUCCACAUCCAUCGUCUGCUAUGCCACCGUUCUACUCACCAUCUACCUCUCCCUUGGUGUCCUCAUCUUCUCCUUGAACCGUGACGACUUCUCCGCUUCUGAGACCCAUCCCGUCGUUGACGCCCUCUACUUCUGCAUUGUCACCAUGUGCACCAUCGGCUACGGUGACAUCACCCCCUCCACACCCACCACCAAGAUCUUCUCCAUCAUGUUUGUCCUCAUCGGGUUCGGGUUCGUCGACAUCCUCCUCUCCGGCAUGGUCAGCUACGUCCUUGACCUCCAGGAGAACAUCCUGCUCAGUGCUGUCCAGGCCCGUGGGGACCAGGACACUGCCCGCUCCUACUUUGUCGAUGUCAAGAAGGGGCGGAUGCGGAUCCGGAUGAAGGUUUUCCUUGCACUGAUUGUCGUCAUCAUCUGCAUUGGGAUCGGCACCGGUGUCCUGCACUUUGUCGAGCAUAUGGGGUUGCUGGACUCGUUCUAUCUAUCGGUCAUGUCAGUCACAACGGUUGGGUACGGUGAUCGGGCGUUCAGAACGCUCCCUGGGCGCAUGUUCGCAUCGGUGUGGCUUCUGGUGUCCACGCUGGCGGUGGCCCGUGCGUUCCUUUACUUGGCCGAGGCGAGGAUUGAUAAGCGGCACCGGAUGAUGGCCAAGUGGGUGCUGUCCAGGGAUAUGACAGUUUCAGAGUUUCUCGCGGCGGAUAUCGACAACAAUGGCUUUGUGAGUAAAUCUGAAUUUGUUAUAUACAAGCUCAAGGAGAUGGAAAAGGUAUCAGAGAAAGACAUCCAUCAGAUCUGCAACCAAUUUGAUAGACUAGACACCGGAAACUGCGGGAAGAUUAGUCUUUUGGAUCUCAUGGAGGGUCAUAAUUGAUUUUUGUUGGGCUGCAGUUCUGAUCAAGUCGAAGCAAAGGAGACUGUAGCACCAUAAGAAUCUUGCCUUGGAAGAGCCUCUUGCUUUGCUAUUUUUCUUGUACAGCCAAAGGCAAGAGGCCCUAUUACAUAAAGCAGUAUGUGCGUCUGCAAAAUCUUCAAUGAAAUGGCUGUUGAUAGUCUUUCCCGGCGCCGUCAACCAUCAUCCCGACCUUCUACUGGUUCAUGGAUGGAAGUGCUUCUGCACUCGGCAUUGGUGAUCUGUAUUUAUUUCUUUCAAAUCCGUUGAUGUCUAUAAAUGUGGAUUUAUCUUUGCAUAUAGCAAAUGUUAUUUUGAGGUAUUAGGAAUUUUGUAAUAUAUAGUUUUUCUUUAUGGUGCGUUGAAAUCCGAAGGGUUUUGGCAGAGUAGGAGCUGAGAGAUUGUAUAGUUGAAGGACAGAAAUGUCAAUGACUCUUUGAACUUUCAAUGUCAUUUAGGUAAAUAUUGGGGAAUGGCAC